GCAAGUUAGCGGUUGGCGGGAAGUUUGCGGGUUUCCGCUAUGGAGCAGAGUAAAACUGUGUCUAGUUCCAAAGUCACCAAAAAGAUUGUUUCUGAAUAUCAGAAGACUCAUAAACGUGCUGAACUUGAACGUCAACGUUUAGCGAAACAGCAUCAGAAGGAGCUGGAAAGAAAACAAAAGAUUUUGGAGAGGGAGAGGCAACAGCGGGAAAAGCAGGAGAAGAAAGAGGCUGAAGACCGCGAGAAAGAGGAAAAACGUCUGAAACGGAAGGAAGAACAGCGCAAAAAAGAAGAGGAAAAGGAAUGUGAACGUAGGAAAAAAGAGGAGGAAAAACGCAAAAAGGAAGAAGAAAGAUUGCAAAAGGAACAAGAGAAGAAAAAGGAAGAAGAGUUGAAAAUUCAAAGGGAAGAAAAGCAGAGAGCAGUCUUAUUGGGAUUUCUCGUGAAAUCAGAUAACAAGAAGGAGACUACUGCAGGUGCUGGUACGGACUCUGGACCUUUCAUACAAUUUGAAGUACGAAAAGAUAUGAAAAUGGCCCCUAUUCAUAGAGUGUCACAUGAGUUAUUAUGUCAAAAGCGAAACAACAUCGAUAAUCUUAGAAAAACUUGGGCAGAAGAAUCUAACAGGGAUCCAGCAUCGAAACUUGGUUUAGUAAUAUUUGGAAAAGCUAACUAUCUUAAUGAACUCCGGACAGGACAGAUACAACCAUUAUCCUAUCCAAAUACAUGGCCAAUAGAACCGCCUGAUGUUCAUCUUCUUGGGGAAAAUUCGUAUGGUCCUGUAGAUCCUUUAGCUUUGAAACAGCAUGGUAAUCGUGGUGGUGGUGGGACUGUAUGGCUUCGUGCCAAACUAUUUCAGUUCGUGGAAAAUUACCGACCAGCCUACUAUGGAACUUGGAGACGUCGUAGCCGUAUUGUUACAGGUCGUAGACCUUUCGCUCGCGACGAUUAUCAACUUGAUUAUUCAAUAGAUUCAGAUGAUGAAUGGGAAGAGGAAGAGCCUGGUGAGAGUAUCACCCAGUCUGAUAAUGAAGAAGAGGAGGAAGAGGAAGAAAAGGAAGAUGAUGAAGAUGACGACGAUGACAAAUUCUUUGUUCCUCAUGGUUACUUGUCUGAUGACGAAGGUGUUGCAGCUGAAGAAGGCGAAGGUCCGAUUCCUGAUGAGAUGAAACAGUUACGCCAACGGUUGUCUGUUGCUGAAUACGAGGCUGCCCAUCGUCGUGGACUGCAGCGUUUGAAACCAGUGUUAAUCGGACCUUUAUGGUUAUCGGAACCGGUGGAAGGUAUACUAAAUAAUAAUACAAACCAAACAAAUGAUCAGAAUCUUGAAGAGAACAAAGAAAAUAUUGAAUUAUCUGAAAGGUGUAUUGUCAGUAAGCAGAUCAACGAAAAGACUGAAUUCACACUAAUGAGAUCUGUCCUUAGUGUAUACCGGAUACAUGCAUGGACAACUAAUUUACCGAUUUCGGUUGAAGUAGAUGUUGUUGCCACGACACCUUCAAGACGAUUGAAAAAAUCAUUACCAGAGGAAGCUAUGCCGUAUUUCAUUCAUCUUGUUCAUCGGAGUCCUUUGGGGAAGCAUAAGUUAGCUUUUGAAUUCCGUGUCUUCUGGUAUCGUCAAACAACGGGUAGUUUACCUGAAUGUCUUCAGUAUAUGGAAUACAAAAAGCAUAAUUCUACUGUGAUGGGAUCAUCUGUUUCACGAGGUCCUGUUUAUUCUGGCCCCUCUUGGGAUAAUUUACCGUUAACUCAGUCGGUUGUACUAUCCAAAUUAGCAGAAAUCGCUGUCUUCUCAGAGGGAAGGUGGAUGGUAAACGCUGAGGUGAUUCAGAAAUAUGCCUCACGUUUAUGCAAUUUGUGCAAUAUUCAGGAGUUACGCAAUACGGAAAAGGUUGAUAAAGAUUACCUUAGUAGUUUCGUGUUCCCUUCAUGGCAGUACCUAACUGAUGUAGCAGCAACCAGUAUAAGGGGGAACCGGGUACCUGUCAGUCGCCGGUCUAUGGAAAUACCUCCCGUCACAGAUUGUCUGCCAGAAUCAGAUCGAAGUGCUGACGAUUGUAUAACUGUAUUGAAGCCAUUGGAUUCAUCAAAUAUAAUAGUCCCUGCCGAACAGUCAGAAAAAGAAUCAGUUCAGAUAUCUGACCAGUUUAUUUCAUCAAACAGAUGCCAUGGAGACGAAAAGGACGUUAACCUACCUACAGAUAUCAGUCAAGAAAAUGCUCCUCCUAAAGCUUUGGCUUCAGCUCAAACAACAGUUCGAAAGAGAGUCACUUUAGAUGCAUUCCUUAAACCUCCCGCAAAGCGAUCGAACAAUGUUUCUUCUGAAAUGGUUUCCACAGUUGAAGAUAGUGCUAUAACUGAUCUUAAAUGAGAAUUCCUUUAUACUUUUCAUUUGUAAUAUUUAGGUGACUGUGAAUUAAAACAGCUGAUUAGGAUAGUUGCUAUUAUAAAAGGGAAUAGAAAUGUCUCUAUUGAAUUUUCCCCGACGACCGGCUUAUUGCCGCCAUUUCUUACUUCGAUAACUUUUUCAAAAAAAAACUUUCCAAUUUGUGUGUGAGUACAAUUAUGUAGAAGAGAUUUCACAUCACUAUAUUUAUACCUUAAAUUUCUCUUAUUUCUGUAUUUUCUAUACUGUGUAAACUUUAAAGUAGAAAUACUUUUCUGUCCUUAUGUAUUAUGUAUACUUUUCACUUCUGCAAAUUGAUUGUCUUCUCUUUGCAGUGUUUGUGUCCUACAGAUACUUCUGUACUGUCAAACUACUAAUUGAAGUCUUUUUCACAUGA